AUGGAUAAUUCUUCGAAAAAUCAAGCAUCAGCAUCAGCAUCAGAUGAUCGCUUUCUUGGGGAAUCAAUGUUACGUCGAAUAACAAAUUUUGGUUUAGAUCGAGAUUCAAAUAAUACAAAACAUUGGAUGCCUGAUAGUGCUGGUAAAGAAUGUUAUGAUUGUCAAGAAAAAUUUACACCAUGGCGUCGACGUCAUCAUUGUCGUGUAUGUGGUCUUUUAUUUUGUAAUCGAUGUUGUUCAUAUGAGCCUCAAGUUAAAUUAGCUGGUUAUAAUGAAUCAAAUCUUCGUUUAUGUUCUUAUUGUUCAAAAACAUUACUUAAAUUACCUAAGAAUGCAACAUUACCAACAACAUCAGUAAAUCAACAAUAUAUUUCAUCAAUAUCUCCAAUUGAUCAACAACAGCAACAACAACAACAAUUACAAACUCAAGAUUUAAAUGCAUCAGAUAGUACAUUUAAUCCCGAUCAUUUUUCUUUAUCAAAAAAAUCUAAUGAUCAUUUAUUUUCAACUGUUGAUAAUGACCAAACAACAAAUACAAACGAACAAACUUCAACAGAUUCGGAAUCAAAUCAAAAACAUUCUCAACAACAAUCUCAACAACGUACAAAUACAAAUUUUAAUUUAAAAACAUUAUUCAAUGAAAUAUUUCGUACAUCACAAGGUUUACAAAUGCAAAAACAACGUUAUCGUUUUCGAACAAUUGAAUGUGUAACAGGAAAAGAUAUUGUUGAUUGGUUAAUUAAAAAUCAACGUGCAACAGUUAUAUCUGAAGCAAAAUUAUUAUGUCAAUGUUUUCUUAAUGAAUUAUAUUUAGAACCUGUUAUUUUGCCACCAACAUCAUUUGUUGAAUUUAAAUGUGAUCUUACUUUAUAUAAAUUCGGAAAACGUGGAUUAGAACGUGAAACAUUCAGUGAAUCAAGUCCAAUUCGAAGUGGAAGUAUAAUAUCAACAACAUCUAAUGAUUCAAAUAAUACUGAUUCAUCUUUACAAAAUAGAGCUAAAUCAACUGGUGUUAUAAUUGGUAAUGAUCUUAAUUAUGUACAAUUUAAUUCACAAGUAGCAAAUGCUAUACAAGAAGAUACAACAUUUGUAAAUAGUAAAAAAGAAGCAAGCGAUUUUAAUAUGCCAGUUGAUGAAAAUGAACAAGUUGAUGAUACAGAUGGAAAUGCUACAGUUAAACAAUCUUCACCAUGUGAUUCUAUUUCAUCAUUAUAUAAUGAAUAUGAAGAAUUAUUAUUAAAACAAAUUCUUAUUCAAUUUCAUGUUGAUCAAGAAUGGUUUUCAAUAAUUUUAAAUAUAUGUCGAACAUUAGCUAAGAGAAUUCAUGUUUCAUCAAUAACGAAUGAUUCAACACCAAAUAAUGAUAUAAGACGUAAUGUUAAAUUUAAAAAAUUACCUGGUGGUUUAAAAACUGAAAGUCAAAUUAUAAAUGGUUGUGUAUUUACUAAAAAUGUUAUUCAUCGUAGUAUGCCAUCAAAAAUUGAUACACCACGUGUUUUAUUACUUAAAUCUCAAAUAGAAUAUCAACGUAGUGAUGAUCAUCGUUUAACAACACUUGAACCUGUACUUAAUCAAGAACAACAUUAUCUUUAUUCAUAUGUAGAUAAAAUAAAUUUACAUUUUAAACCAGAUAUUCUUGUUGUUGAAAAAAGUGUCAGCAGGUUAGCGCAAGAUUUCAUCAUAUCAAAUGGUCUUGUUUUAAUUUAUAAUGUUAAAGAAAGUAUCAUGCAACGUUUGGCUAAAUGUUUACGUACAACAAUAAUGACAUCAAUUGAUAGUCGUCUUCCAUCCCAUAUUCGACCACCAUUAGGUCGUUGUGAACAUUUUCAAAUUAAAGAAUAUGAAUUAAAUGAUAGUCAUAAAAAACGUCUAAUGUUUUUUGAUGGUUGUCCACCUGAAUAUGGUUGUACAGUAUUAAUACGUGGUGGUACAUUACAACAAUUAAAAAUUGUUAAAUCUAUAAUGCGUCUAUUUUUAUUAAUUACAUAUAGUACACAAUUAGAACAAUCGUUUUUAAAUGAUUGUUAUGCACAAAUAAUUAAUAAUCAAAAUGAUUUAUCAAUAAUAAAAAAAUUUGAUUUAGAACAAUAUAUUGAUUCAGUUGUAACAAAUAAACAAUCAAUUAUAGAUUUAAUAACAAAUGGUCUUCUGUUAUCAACAUCACCUUAUGUUCGAUAUAAUCCUCCAUAUAUUUUAACAUGUACAACACAACAAUAUUUACCGAAUGAAUUACUUUAUCAAAAUAUAUAUAAUAAUCGAUAUCAACAAAAAAAAGAAAAUAGUAUUAGUUCAAAUGAUGAAGAUAAACAAAUAAAAGAUACAAAUAUAUAUAGUUGGUUUCAUAAUUCACCAUAUAAUAAUGAAAUUAUGCAUGUACAAGAUAAACACGAUUUUAUUAAAGAUAAUACACUUUUACCGGGAAUUAAUCAAGAUACGAAAGCUACAUAUGCUCAUUAUAGAGCAUCAGGUGGACGAUGUCAUUUUCGUCGUCGUCGUUGGUAUGAUUGGUUAACUCUCUAUCAACAACAACAACCUCGUGAUCAACCAUUAGAAACUAUAUUUGCACCAUAUCUUGAUUUACGUCUUCAUCUACAAAUUGCAAUAUUAUAUAGUGCACAUUGUACAGUUCAAAAUAAAUUACUUACAUGUCGACAACCUGAAAUUCUUGAAAUGCCAGCAUAUUCAAUUCAUGAUACAACAUUAGGUUCAUUUCUUGAACAACAUUGUUUUUCAACAAAUGAUGCUCCAUGUAAAACAUGUCAACAACCAUUACAAGAUCAUGUUCGACAAAUUGUUCAUGGUGAUAUGAAAUUAGUUAUUCGUAUUAAACAUAUUGAUAAAACAACAUCAAAUUUACAAAAACUUCCAACAUCAAAUGGUAUUUAUAUGUGGAGUUAUUGUGAACAUUGUCGAGAAUCAUCAGCAAAACGUUUAAUGUCUCCUCGUACAUGGUCAUUAUCAUUUACAAAAUUUCUUGAAUUAUUAUUUCAUCUUGAAUCAUUUUGUGUAUCAUCAACACGUUCAUGUCAACAUCAUUUAUUUCGUGAUCAUUAUCAUUAUUUUCAUUCUCAACAAUUUAUCGCAUCAUUUCGUUUAUUUAAAAUACAAUUGAAACAAUUUAAUUUACCAACAUCAACAAUAAUACUUAAACCAUUUAUAUAUGAACGUGAUUAUUAUAUUGAAUUAACCAAAACUUUAUCUGUUAAUGGUUAUAAUAUAUUUUCCACUAUAGUUGAACGUUUAGUUGAAUUUAAAAAUCUGAGUGUCAUACCCGAUUUUUUUAUAUCAAAAAUUGAUCAAUAUUUAGCACAAGAAAGAUUAGAACAACAAACAUUUCGAUCAUUAAUGGAUGAAAUUCAAUUGAAAAUGACAGCUGGAAGUGGUAGUAGUGAACACAAACGUCCUUUAGAUGCAGCUAGUUAUGUUUCUAUUGAUGAUCAAAUAGUUGAAGCAAAAAAAUUUAUUACAAAAAUUGUUUAUAGUUGGAAUACAACUCUUCUUGAACUUGAUCAAUUUGUUAAAAAAUAUGAGAAACAACAACGUGAUGCUUCAAAAAAAAUUCCAAUCAAAGCCAUUCCAUCAGGUGAUACAAAUAAUGAAAUGAUAAAUUCUCUACAAAUUGAUUCCGAAAUUUCUAAUAUGCUUGAAAUUCCAUCUUCAACUACAUCUCUUCAUCCACCAUUAACACCAAUUGAUAACGAUGAAAAUAAUCUUGAUAAUAGUCUUAAACCAAUAACAUCAAAUGACGAUGAAAUACCUCGUCGUAGUGGUGUAUUAAAAUUUUUUUCAACAUUUUUACCAACAUCUGAAAAUGAAUUUCUUCCAUUAAAAUCUCCAUUUACUGAUGAUGAGCAUUUACAAUUAUCUGGUAAAUAUAUUGUUAAUCAUCGUGAAUUAAGUUCGAUAAUAGCACAUGCAUUAUCAAUGUCUGAAUAUGAUCAACGUUUAAAUGAAGAAUUAUUAUUACGUAAUGAAACAAACUCCGAAGAAAAUAAUGACAUAAAACAACAAGAUGAUGAUAAUGAUAAUUUCGGUGAUGAUCAACAACAUGUUGAAUUACAUUUUCAUGAUUCAUCAACAAAAUUUACUGUUAAAAUAUUUUAUGCAGCAAAAUUUCAUCUUUUACGUCAAAUUAUAUUUUCUAAUAUUGAUCAAACAUCUUAUAUACGUUCAUUAUCACGUUGUAAAAAAUGGCAACCACGUGGUGGUAAAUCAAAAUCAGAAUUUUGGCAAACAAAUGAUGAUUAUUUUGUUUUAAAAGAUCUUAAUCAAAAAGAAUCAUUAUCAUUUUCAACAUUUGCACCAUCAUAUAUUGAUUAUAUAUCAAAUUCAUUAAAAUAUAAUCGUCCAACAACAUUAACAAAAAUUUUUGGUAUCUAUCAUAUACAAUAUCGUCAUAAUGCAACAGGUGAAAAUUUUAAACGUGAUAUAUUAGUAUUAGAAAAUUUAUUAAAUAAUCCAAAUAUUUCUUUACCUCCAAUAAUAUAUGAUUUAAAAGGUUCAAUGAGAAAUCGUUUAGUUACUGUUGAUGAAGGACAAACAGAUGCUGUUUUAUUAGAUGGAAAUUUUUUAACACAAACACAAGAAAAUCCAUUUUAUGUACGUUUACAUACAAAAUGGACAUUAAUGAAAGCAUUAUAUGCUGAUACACAAUUUUUAGCUAAACAUGGUAUUGUUGAUUAUUCAUUAUUAACAUUAUGUUAUAAUGAUGAACAACAAUCAAUUAUUUAUGCAGGUAUUAUUGAUUAUAUAAGAACAUAUACAUGGGAUAAGAAAUUAGAAACAAUUGUUAAAUCAAUACAUGGUGUAGGACAAUCACCAACAGUGAUAUCACCUGAACAUUAUAGAACAAGAUUUUUACGUCGAAUGGAUCAAUAUUUUCCUGUUGUACCUGAUGAAUGGCAUGGAUAUGAAAAGAAAUUUUUAGAUUUAUCAUUAUUCCAGACAGAAACAAUGUCAGCGAAUUUAUAUACUAAUGAAUUACCUACUCAAUAG